ACACUGAAUGGGUGCUGGCAAACCAGGAAUUAUGUGAGAGGCAGUGGUACGUUGUCCGUGGCCUCCCUGUUGGAGAAAAGAUCAACUUUAGGGUGGUGGCGGUGAACGUAGCUGGACGCAGCCCUCCUGCUACAUUGCAGCAGCCUGUCACCAUUCGUGAGAUCGUGGAACACCCAAAGAUCCGUCUUCCUCGGGAACUAAGAACCAAGUACGUCAGACACGUUGGUGACAAGAUCAACCUGACCAUUCCCUUCCAG